AUGCCUGAACAUUGCCCUAAAACCACAGCGGGUGAAGCAAGGAGGUUACUUUUUCUUGUGUUUGAAUCACCAGGAACACCUGAAGCUGAUAAACUACCAGAUUUGAAGAAACUUCCCAAGGAGCCAUGUGCUGUAUGUGGAGCACCCUCAUCAGGAUUUCACUUUGGUGCAACAACAUGUGAGGGAUGCAAGGGUUUUUUCAGAAGGAGUGUAGAGGAACGUAAUUGUGGUGACUACAAAUGUAAGAAGUCUAAGUCCUGUAUUAUUACUAAAGAUACCAGAAGUUCUUGCCAAUAUUGUCGCUUUCAGAAGUGUUUACAGGUGAAAAUGGAUAAAACAAAAAUCCGAAUGGGGAGGCAACCAAAUCAUGUGAAGCAUAUGAUCCUGUCAAAAAAGCAAACUGAAGAUGGUCCUACAUCACCAAGCAACAGCCUUGGAUCUCCCCAAUCUAACUAUUCACCAAGUUUUUCAGAAACUAUAUCAUCGGUAUCAUCACCACCUUGUACCUUGGAUCAUGACAGCACAUCAAGUCCACCUGGUGCAGAUUCCGCAUUUUGCCCUAUUUUCCAGCAAAAUGUUACUCAGGAGUUAUACUUGGUGAAAGCAGAGAACUCUUCCUGGACUCAAAGCCCCUCUAGUCCCAAUGAUUUUCUGUAUGACAGUCAUUGUCAUCAUCAGCAUCAAUACUCUAACUCCUCGCCAUCACCAGUAUCUCCACUAGAUAAAGAUUCUGCACUCUCUUAUUCUGAUACACUUCUACAAAUUGAAGACCUAGCACUCGUUGAAAGCACUCCAUAUAUCGAACAAAAUUCACCCAUGUUGGCGAAUCACAUGGCUGGUUUUAUUGAAGAAAUUGUAGAUGCCUACAAGGAACUACAUACAAUGUAUAAUGGGAAACCCAGACUUAAAAAACACAUUGAUGUUGUGAAUGUUUCAAACUUGUGGGAUAAACUGAUGACAUCAUUCCAGAAUAAUGUACAUUCAUUAUUGGCUUUUACAAAGAGGAUACCAGGCUUUCGUUCUCUGCAUGUUGACGAUCAGAUCAUCUUAAUCCAAUGUUCCAUAUGUCAAGUGUCUUUGACCGUAUUAGCAGAAGACUUAAUGAAUACUGGUCGUGUAUACAGUUGGUCCUUGGAAACAAAAGAAGAACUACAAUUGUUAAAGGAGAAAUUUGAUCCCUUCAACAUAUUUCCGAGUCGUAUUGCCCUAACUGCCGAAGAGUUCAAAGCAGUAGAUCUGGAUCCGACUGAAAUCUCGUUGCUUACUGCAUUACAUGUAGUGUGUAAAGACAGGUCAAAAUUGAAAGAUCCAGAAAGUGUAUACAAGAUACAAAAUCAAUUAAACGAAGCAUUGGCCAUCUAUGUUGCAAUUCGCGACAUUGGUACGAACAACAAUCGAUAUAAAUCUGUUGUAAGCUUAUUGAGAAAACUGAAGAAUAUGGAAGAAAAACAUCACAGCUGUGUUAUGGUAUGGAGGAAGACAAUGCCACAUCUGCAGUUUCCCGCCCUCUGGACUGAAGUGCAUGAAAUGGUACUGCACAACGCUGAAGACCUGCAACCAGGACAAACAGAAUUUCAACAUUUUAAUAAAAAAUGAAUGAAUUAUGGUGUUUCAUUCGUUAGGAUUAAAUGAUUAGAUUCAACGAACCAACAAUUCUAAUUUUUAAACAGCACUCGAUUUAAUGAAUGAUAGAGAGUCCUGCUUCCUUCCUUCUUUUUGUCUUCGUAGAUUCAGAGGUUAUCACUUUACUCUAUUUUACAAUGAAUGUGUCAGGAUGGUUUGUAUACUGCCCUCUGUGGCAGGUAUGAAUUGUUCUACUAAUAUGGAAGCACAAAGGGUGUAUGCU